AUGAAUUAUUUUCACCCGUGUCCAUACCACAGAUACUACACCAUGCUCUCCUCAGGGAUCGAUCACACACACUGGCCCGGUCACUUCCUCCCACCUAUCCCACCCGCUCCUCAGCUGCCUCUGACUUUGGUGGUGCCAAGUCACUGCGGUCCUCCAGAAACAACUAGCCAGAACGAGUUCCACUUCUUCUAUGGACCAAUUCCAGUGCCGCUGUCCGUUCCUCCCUGGUAUUACAACAAUCUCUUAUGGCCCCAGCCCUCUGUGAAACCAUCACCAAGCCAGAGACUGGGCCCUGUUAAACCCAGCCCCAGAGCCAACCACAGCCAGGCUCUCGCAGCACCCUGGCCUGAGGGCUUCACCCUGAAAGGGGAGCUCCGGUGGGGCAGGCUAGAGAGGGUGUAUGGCCCCCGCAGGGAACUUCCGAACUUUGUCAAGGAAGACUUGCGACGAAUGUACGGCACUUUCCCCCGGACUGACGUGAGCAUCAGCUGCCAGGGGGGAGAAUUUGUGGUGCACGGGGACCCGCGGGUGGGUGAACAGGAGUACAGAGUGGAAAAGAAAAUGGUGCGUCAGAUGGAGAGCCCGGAGGCAGACAAUGUGAGUGUGAUAGUGAAGCAGAGGAAAAAGAAGAGAGCAAAGCGUUAGAAGUAAUAAUGACUGACUUCAUGUGAU